AUGUCUCUCAAUACUGAUUCCAUACAACGUAAUAAACCUGUUCUACGUGAUGCAGAUUCUCAACGUUCACGUAUAACAACAACUGAAUCACAUAUUUUUAAUUUACCACCACCACCAUCAUCAUCAUCAUCAUCAAUAACAAUAAAUCAUCCAUUAUCAACAAUUCGUCCAUCACCAAUUCCAGGCAAUUUUAAUAUUCCACUACCACCACCACCAUCAUCAUCAUCAUCAAUGAUUAAUGAUACAAUGUCAACAUUUAAUAAAGAACGUUUACAUGAUAUUUUACAACAAGGUUUAGGUACAUAUGUAUUUAUUGAACAUUUUGGUCUUGUACCGAAAUUAAAUCAUUUCUAA